AUAAAUCAAUAAAGCACAAGCCUACAUUAAACAUGCAUUAAAAUUUUGGUGGUACUCAAACGACUGACUUAAAAGCAAACGCUUCGAAAAUAUUUAAUCUAAUCUCUCUCAACUACAGACCAUGGAUUGCGAGAAAGGCGACGCUGUAGUCGGCCCACCUGGGCCGCCCACUCACAAGCCAGACACCACACUGAACAUGGACAUCGAUGAGCUGAUGUCGUCCAGCAGUGCUGAUGAGACUCCACCUGGCAUGAUUGUGGUCGAGACAUGUGUGAAUGACAAGGACAAGAGCGUUUUGCCGCUUAAACAAAGCCACGGCCUUCAGCAGGGGAAACUCUUACCAAAGCCUGCAAAUGUCGAAUUGCAUCAAUUGAGCGACUCCGGCAGUUUGUUGACAGUCACAGAACAGGCCAGUUGCUCGACCAAUUUGCACAUGAAACCGAAUGUUAAAUUUCAGCCUUUGCCGACUAGUCUACACUGUGCACACGGCCGGAGGUCAGACGCAGAGGCGAUGCUGGCGGCAGCUACCAGCUCAGCAGCAUCACCUGAUUAUGGGAUAAGUCAUGCGACUCGCAUUGACGGUGCCACACAAUGCAAUACAAUGGAAUAUGACAUGGCAGCUCCGACCGCCAGCGAAUCGAUGCCCUCAAUUGGCUCUCUCGUCUGUCGCAUUUGCCACAAUGCCGAUAAUCCCGAGCAACUCGUGUCGCCAUGUUUGUGCAAAGGCUCCCUGGCAUAUGUGCACAUACACUGCCUGGAGCGCUGGAUUAGCACCUCACGCUGUACGACCUGCGAGCUCUGCCAAUUCCAAUACAAUACGGAGCAAACACUGCGCUACACCUGCCUACAAUCCCUGCGCCUUUGGUACUCGCGUGCUAUGAGCCGACGCGCCCUGCAGGAGGAUUGUCAAAUGUUCUCGCUUCUCACACUGGUGGCCUUUGGCAUAAUUGGCACAUUGUUGGUGGGCAUUCAGUAUUAUGCAAUGCACACACAGUCGUGGGGCUUAAGCAAACUGUGGACCAAGUCCUGGAUGUUGUUCUUUCUCUUUAUGACGAUUACUGUUUACUUCGCCAACGUGUACAUGCUAAUCAAGUCCCAGCUGACGCCAUGGUACCGCUGGUGGCAGUCAGCGCGAGACAUCAAGCUGAUCCUGGAAAAUCGACGACCUUUUCGGAAUCCUAGUCGCAUGCGGGAGUGCCCAGUGGACACAGCCUCAACAACAGCGUCCAUGUUCACGCAUCAUGAUCAGUUGGACAUAUUGUUGCAACAAACCCCGCAUCAGCCGGACCGUGUAUUUUUUACACCCACAGCCAGUCAAACGAUUGUUACAGCGCCCCAGGGCGCUUCUGAAGCGCGGACGGUGCCAAAUAGCGCCACAGCAGCCAUCGCGUUGGCCUUGCAGGGACCCAUGUCCAGCCCUAUCUGUGGCGAUUGCAAGUCGCAGCGCACUCCCACGCCGAUAACAGUAUCGGAUGAAGUGGCUGGUGCGGGUGCGGGCUUGGGCUCGGGCCCGGGUGCAGUCCCUACGUCGACGGGGAGCGAUGCCUUAUCGCGGGCACUUCACGUCGCUUUGCAUAGCACCUCGAAUACACAAGCCGAUUGCAAGGCUGUUGUGAAGGACGACCAUGACAAAAAGGAUCAGGGCAAGCCGAAUGCGAAGAGCGACAAGUAGUCUGUGUAAAGUGGAUGCUCAAGGACAAACGCUGUUUGCACAGCAUUUUGCUCGUCUAUAUGUUAUGUGCUACUUGUGCUCUGCUUCGAUACACCGCUUUCCCCGCGUUUUCAGUCUAUAUAUAUUCCAUUUGUUGUAGUUUCAAUGCUUUUAAUGAACUUCCAAAAACAGCUUGAAUUAAAUGCGCCAACUUGAGCUUAA